AGGAGGCUCCGUGGGUGGGAGGUGACGCGACUUGGUGGAUAUGAGCACCCGGCUCGCUCAUGCGUCCCACCAAGCGUGAGAUUCUCUCCCUCUCAGCCCACGCGCCUGAUUGACAGAUUAAAUAACAGCCAUGUCCAGGUGUCUGAUUCCCAAAGCGGACGUGAAGUCGUUCAUUCAGCAAUGCAUGGUGGCCGUCAAGACAAAGCCGGCGCAUGCCAAGGCCCUGGCCGACGUGCUGGUGGAGGGCGACUACCGCGGCCACUACAGCCACGGCCUCAACCGCAUGGACAUGUACGUGAAGGACAUCAAGUCGGGCAUCUGCGAGAAGGAUGGGGAACCAACGAUUGAGAAGGAAACCGCAGCCACCGCCCUCGUGAAUGGAAACAAUUUGCUUGGGCCGGUUGUGGGCAACUUCUGCAUGGACCUGGCCAUGAAGAAGGCCACGGAGAGUGGCGUUGGAUGGGUGGUGGCUCGGGGUUCAAAUCAUUAUGGAAUCGCUGGCUUCUACUCCAUGCAAGCGCUGGAGCAAGGCAUGAUGGGAAUGAGUUUCACGAACACCUCUCCGCUGGUUGUGCCAACGAGAGGAAUGGAAUGCACUCUGGGAACAAACCCCAUCAGCGUGGCGGCGCCAGCUGGGAAGGACGACAGCUUCGUGCUGGACAUGGCCACGUCAGCCGUUGCACUGGGCAAGGUCGAGCUGCACGCGCGCAACCAGCAGACGAUUCCCGAGGGCUGGGGCUGCGACGCGAAGGGCGCCGUCACGCAGGACCCGCAGAAGGUGCUGGACGGAGGAGGCCUCCUGGCCCUGGGAGGAGCCGAAGCCACAGGAGGCUACAAGGGCUACGGCCUGGGCAUGAUGGUGGAGGUGUUCUGCGGCAUCAUGGGUGGUGCUACCUACAGCAACAACAUCCGCACCUGGAGGGAGACCAGCCGCGUGGCCGACCUCGGACAGUGUUUCGUCGCCGUCAAUCUCAGCUGCUUUGCCCCAGGCUUCGAGUCUCGCAUGGCUGACCUCUUGAGCAUCCACCGCCACUUGCCGCCGGCGCCUGGGGCCACCAGCGUGCUGGUGCCUGGCGACCCGGAGCGCCAGCACAUCGCCGAGUGCGAGAGCAAGGGCGGCAUCCCCUACUCUGUGCACGUCGUGAGCCACAUGAACAAUGUGGCGAAAGAGCUGGGCGUUGCACCACUGCCAGUGUCAGUGAUGGACAAAUGAAGAACCAAGUGCAUCGGACACAAAAGUGGGAUUCUACACAAAGUGCUUUAAAUCCUUCGCUAUCGUCUGGUUCCGCAAUGUGGGUGUUGAUGAACGUGAGAAUGCGUUGUACGUUUCUGCUAAAUGGGGGAGUGUGAUGCUGGAAGUGCUUCGGUUGACGUUCAAUUUGUGCUUUGGACAAGUAGAAGACUUUUUUGGGUUUUACAGACAUCUGCUGCGUUUUAAUGUCAUGCAGUAAGGCAAGAGGCGAAUCGUGUGGUGGUUGUGCCCUGCAGCCCCCUCAGGAUGUUUCCGCUGUUAGCACAGUGCGCCGUUCGGCACGACGUCCGACGUUUGGCUCCGCGUCCUUAGCUUUUUCAGGAACCGAAGAGGCUGAAGAGCCAUCGUCUUUAUUGUUGUAAAAAUUCUACAAUAAAAAAAACACUGUGGAGAGCCCUUGUCAAAAUCCUUCAUAAAGUUUCGAUGUAAAGCUUUCGUGACUGCAAUGAUUCAUCUUCGUUGGUUCUUUCGGUAAAGUCAC